AAGCUAAUCCCGACGUCGCUGUGGCCUCGACGAAAACCCAAGUCAUUUCGUAAAACGCCCUCCCAGCUCUCCCAGCCCUCUCCAGCCUCCGCUUCCUCUUUCCAGCGUUUAUCUGCUACAUCAAUUCCGGGUGCAUUCUCUUCAAUUGUUCAUCCACAAUUCCGUCGCUACGAGCCCGAAUUACCAGAGUGCCUCGCCUAUUCAGAGAUCUCCUCGUGCAUCCACCCGCUGCCCCUUGGCCGUCUCCACCCCCAGAUUCUCGCCAUGUCGACCCUCAAGCGCAAGGCCAACUCGGCUGCGAAUGGAGCUGAUGCAAAGAAGCCCAAGGCUAAUGGCAACAUUGCAUCCUUCUUCGGGGCGGCCCCGAAGCCGGCUGCUGCUGCGACUCCAGUGGUCAAGUUUGACAAGGCCAAGUGGGUUGCCGGCCUCACCGACGAGCAGAAGAACCUCCUUAAGCUGGAAAUCGAGACUCUGGACGUGAGCUGGCUGGCCCACCUCAAGGAUGACAUCACCACCAAGGAGUUUCUGGACCUGAAGAAGUUCCUGGAACGAGAGUCCUCCGCUGGACGAAAAUGGUUCCCUCCCAAGGAGGAUGUCUACUCCUGGUCCCGCCACACCCCCUUCCACAACGUCAAGGUCGUCAUUGUCGGUCAGGACCCGUACCACAACAUCAACCAAGCCCACGGCCUAGCCUUUUCCGUGAGGCCCCCGGCUCCGGCUCCCCCCUCCUUGAAGAACAUGUAUAUUGCCCUUAAGAAGGAUUACCCAUCGUUCGUGGUACCACCCAACAAGGGUGGUCUCCUUACUCCUUGGGCGGACCGUGGAGUUCUCAUGAUCAACACAUGCCUCACUGUUCGAGCACAUGAAGCCAACUCGCAUUCCAAUCGAGGCUGGGAGCGCUUCACUCAAAAGGUCAUUGACCUCGCCGCACAGAAGCGGACGCGUGGUGUCGUGUACAUGGCCUGGGGCACACCUGCCGGCAAGCGAGUGCAGAAGAUUGACCGAAGUCGGCACCUAGUUUUGCAGAGCGUGCACCCUAGUCCUCUGAGCGCCUCGAGAGGCUUCUUUGACUGCAACCAUUUCAAGAAGGCCAAUGAGUGGCUGGUCAGUCGAUACGGCGCUGAAGGCGAGAUUGACUGGGCCUUGGUGCCUGGCAAUUCCACAAAGGCUGUGGUUGAGGAGACCAAGACUGACACAGAGGCUGAGGCUGACGAAGAUGCCAAGCCUGAGGUGAAGAAAAAUGAGGCGAAGAAGGUCGAGACGAAGAAGGUCGACGUCGAUGACAAGGAGAAUGAGUUCGAGGAGGACGAGGAGGCUCUUGAAGAGGCCUUGAGGCUGGCCGAGGCCGAAGCUGAGACGCCCAAGAAGAAGGAUUGAACAAUUCGGUUUCAGUUUCAAGGCGCCAGUGUGUUUCUUAGGUAGGGAUUGGGACUGUUGUACGGUAUACUUUGUAUGUAUUGGAUGGAAGACACUCGGACAGGUCCUGGGCGUUCGCGUGAUCGAUCAGGGAUCAUGGCAGGGCCAGCUUCGGGAGUCUGUGUACACUUAGGCUAUAGGACGGGAAUGGAUGAAUAACAGGUCUCGGUUACUCGCGUGUCUCUCGAUUAACUGUGAGGUCAUGACUGCCUUUGUGGGUCACAUUCUCAAUAAAAAC